UCCGUAUAACAAAUUAAAUAUGGCGCGGCGUGUGUUGACUUCUGAGGCGGUGAAUGUCGAGUUUGAAACAAGCGAAGAGGUCCAGGUGACCCCAACCUUCGACAAUAUGGGUCUUAGAGAAGACCUUCUUCGAGGGAUCUACGCGUACGGUUUUGAAAAACCUUCGGCCAUUCAACAGAGAGCUGUCAGACCAGUUGUGAAAGGUCGAGAUGUUAUAGCACAGGCACAGUCGGGUACUGGUAAAACAGCAACAUUUUCAAUAUCUAUCCUGCAGACCUUAGAUACACAGGUUAGAGAAACGCAGGCACUUAUUUUGUCACCCACAAGAGAACUGGCUGUGCAGAUACAAAAAGUUAUUUUAGCAUUGGGUGAUUACAUGAGUGUGCAGUGUCAUUCCUGUAUUGGAGGAACAAAUAUCGGUGAAGAUAUCAGAAAAUUAGACUAUGGUCAACAUGUUGUGUCGGGUACACCUGGAAGAGUGUUUGACAUGAUCAGGCGACGUAAUCUACGAACUCGAGCAAUCAAGUUGUUAGUUUUAGAUGAAGCAGAUGAAAUGUUAAACAAAGGUUUUAAAGAACAGAUCUAUGAUGUGUAUCGUUACCUGCCGCCAGCAACACAAGUGAUAUUGUUCAGUGCUACACUGCCUCAUGAAAUACUUGAGAUGACUCACAAGUUUAUGACAGAGCCAAUUCGUAUAUUAGUUAAACGUGAUGAAUUGACGUUGGAAGGAAUCAAACAGUUCUUUGUUGCGGUCGAGAGGGAAGAAUGGAAAUUUGAUACACUUUGUGAUCUUUACGACACAUUAACAAUCACACAAGCUGUUAUUUUCUGCAACACAAAAAGAAAGGUUGAUUGGUUGACAGAAAAGAUGCGAGAGGCUAAUUUCACAGUGUCUUCAAUGCAUGGUGAUAUGCCACAGAAAGAAAGAGAUGCAAUCAUGAAGGAGUUCAGAUCAGGAGCCAGUCGAGUGUUGAUAACGACUGAUGUAUGGGCUCGCGGUAUUGAUGUACAACAGGUAUCACUGGUCAUCAACUACGAUCUGCCAAACAAUCGUGAGUUGUACAUACACAGGAUUGGACGUUCUGGUCGAUACGGCCGUAAAGGUGUUGCUAUCAACUUUGUCAAAAGUGAUGAUAUUCGUAUCUUGAGAGAUAUUGAACAGUAUUACAGUACACAGAUUGAUGAAAUGCCUAUGAAUGUUGCUGAUCUGAUCUAAGUUGGCGGCUGAUGAGCUCUGGUCAUGGAUGUGAACAAAUACCAAGAUGACAACAACAUUGAAGAGUACAGUCACUUUGCACAAUGUUCUACAUCAGUGAACCCCAACACCAUAAAAUGAAAACCACAUGUAUAUCAUAUUUUCACAUAACUCUUUGGAACCAAAAGUCCAUAGAAAUAACAUCCCCCCCCCCUUCAAAAAAAACCUUUCGCCUUGUGUUUAUUUAUACCAAUAUCAAUAUUUUUGUCAUCACAUCUUGUGUUCUUAGAUAAAGUCACUAGUUUAAACAUCACUGUCAAGAUGUACAACCCUGCUACAUUUAGAUCAUGAAUUAAAAAUACUGGCUUGUGAUUGUGUAUGUUAGCCUAAAACUCAUCGUUUAUGACUUACAAUGUGUAGGAAGAUCAAAGUGUUCUAUUGAAGAAAAUGAAUAUUUUAUCUUUUGUGUCAAUUACGACUCCAUUAUGAUAUUUCUCUUUUAGUGACUUUCUUUCAGAUGAACACAUACUUUUUAUCCAUAUGUAUGUAUGUAUGUUUGAUUAAAUCAUUUAUUAAUAAAAAAAUAUCUU